AUGGCCGAUAGAUACUCCUUCUCGUUAACUACAUUCUCUCCAAGUGGUAAAUUGGUGCAGAUUGAAUAUGCAUUGAACGCAGUCAAACAAGGUGUCACCACCAUCGGAAUCAAGUCAGCCAACGGUGUGGUGCUUGCCACUGAGCGCAAGGCCAACUCGUCACUCCUCAAGAGCAACACCGGGAGCAAGGUGGAGCUCAUUACACCCAACAUCGGAAUGUCAUACUCGGGAAUGGGCCCUGAUUUCCGGGUGCUUGUUGAUAAGGCCAGAAAGUUGGCCCACACAAACUACAAAAGAAUCUACAACGAAUAUCCCCCCGUCAAGAUCUUGGUGCAGGAGAUCGCCAAGGUGAUGCAGGAGUCCACACAGUCGGGAGGAAUCCGUCCUUUCGGGGUGUCCUUGUUGGUGGGUGGCUACGACGAGCAUUCGGAACAAUUCCAGUUAUACCAGGUGGAUCCUUCCGGCAGUUACUUCCCAUGGAAGGCCACUGCCAUCGGUAAGACCUCCAAUUCCGCCAAGACCUUCUUGGAAAAGAGAUGGAACGAAAACUUGGAGUUGGAAGAUGCCAUCCAUGUCGCAUUAUUGGCGUUGAAGGAGUCGGUGGACGGCGAGUUGACUGGUGACAAUUUGGACAUUGCCAUUGUCAGCGACCCACAGGACCACUUGUUGGGCUUCAAGGGUACUUCUGUAGAGGGCCCCAGAUUCAAAAAAUUGACGGCUGAAGAAAUCAACGAUAGAUUAGACUCGUUAUAA